AUGGUGACUUUGGAAAUAGGGGGAACAGAUGUCCAAUUCCUUGUGGAUACUGGCACAGCCCAUUCUGACCUAAAGACCCCCCUUGGAACCUUUUCUUCCCUAAAGUCCUCCAUUACUGGGGCCACAGGACAGUCGGCCUCUUACCCUUGGACCACUAAAAGAACUGUAAAUCUGGGAAAAGGCACUGUUACUCAUUCCUUCUUAGUCAUCCUGGAGUGCCCAUACCCUUUGUUGGAAAGAGAUCUACUACAAAAAUUGGGGGCUGUUAUUUCCUUUGAGCCUGAAGGAGGGAUUCUCGAACUCAAGCCACCCUCUGCCAUUAUGGUAAUGGUUCCCCUUGAAGAUGAAUUUAAGCUGCUAAAGGAGGGCACAGAACCUCCUGAACAAAAAUGGGACUACCUUCAAAAAAGGUUUCCCCUAGUAUGUGCUGAAACCAAUUCACCCGGAUUGGCCAAACACCAUGCCCCAGUGGUGGUUCAACUGUUGGCCUCUGCCACCCCUGCCCGUGUGUGGCAGUACCCCCUUUGGCUGGAGGCCAAGGGAAAGAGGAGGCUGACAGAAUCAAGAGUAUCCACAAUUCUCCAGAUUCCGAAGCCAGGCCCCAAAAAACAGGUGUCAGAGUUCCUAGGGGCGGUUGGCUAUUGGAGGAUUUGGAUUCCUGGCUUUGCUGAGAUUGCCAAACCCCUGCAUGAGGCCACUGCCGGAGGAAAUACACCCCUCCAAUGGACUGAGGCUUGCCAGCAGACAUUUCAAUUGCUUAAGACUGCACUUACAUCGGCACCAGCCCUGGCAUUGCCACACUUAAACAAGCCCUUUACCUUGUAUGUGACAGAGAAAAAUGGGGUGGCUAAGGGAGUGAUUACUCAGCUUUUGGGGCCAUGGAAGCGACCUGUGACAUACCUCUCAAAGAAACUCGACCUGGUGGCCCGAGGGUGGCCUACUUGUUUGAGGACAAUAGCAGCAGCAGCUGCUUUAACCUCAGAGGCUGACAAAUUGACCUUUGGACAGGAUUUAACUUUGAUCACUCCCCAUGCCAUUGAGCCCUUGUUGAAUAGCUCACCUAGCAAAUGGCUGUCUAACGCCAGACUGUUACAAUAUCAAGGACUCUUAUUAGAACAGCCACGCAUUAAGUUUGCCACCACCACUGGCCUCAAUCCCCCUACUCUACUACCAGAAUCUGACGAACAAAUGCCCAUCCAUGAUUGCCUCGAGACUCUUGCAAACUCAAGGGGAGGACGUCCGGACUUGACGGACCAGGCCCUCCCCCACGCAGAGAUAACGUUCUAUACUGAUGGGUACAGUUUCGUUCGUGAUGGUGUACGGUAUGCUGGAGCGGCGAUGGUCAACCAGGACCAACAGGUGGAAUGGGAGCAAGGGCUACCUCAAGGGACAUCAGCACAGAGGGCUGAGCUGAUUGCUUUAACUAAGGCUCUGAAAUUGGGAAAAGGAAAAAGGAUAAAUAUAUUCACUGAUAGCCGUUAUGCUUUUGCCACUGCCCAUGUACAUGGGGAGAUUUAUCAGAACAGAGGGCUGCUAACCUCCAAAGGGAAGGAAAUUAAAAAUAAGACUGAGAUAUUGACACUACUACAAGCCAUCUGGUUGCCCCAAGAGGUUGUUAUCAUCCAUUGCCAUGGGCACCAAAAGGGGUCAAGCCCCGAGGUGAUUGAAAAUAAUGCUGCUGAUCAGGCAGCAAGACAAGCCACCCAAAAAUCAGUGGGGAAGCAAAUGGUUCUGCUUCCCACACCAGUACUCCCUGAAAAACCUAAAUAUACAGACAAGAAGAUAACGGAAAUGAACAGGAGAUGCUGGACUCGAAAAAGACAUGGGUGGUGGAUGACUAAGGCGGGAAAGACGGUGCUCCCAGCCACUGUAGCAGACACGUUGCUGUAAGAACUACAUAAGUCCGCCCACCUCGGUGAGAAAAGGAUGAUGGCUGCCUUACAACCCCAUUUCGUCAGCCAGGGAUUAGCCCAAAAGGCCCAGGACAUGGUGAGACGAUGCCCCACCUGCCUCAAGGUUUGAUUCCAAGACCCUGGAACCUCGUUGAAAGGGACUGGUUCCUGUUGUCCUGUCAACUCCCUUGGUGGUGAAGGUGGCUGGACAUUCUGCCUGGAUACAUCGCAACCAUCUAAAAGCAGGACCCCCCCACAGAAGUCAAAAAGGACAAAUGGAAGGUUAUCAGCCAACCAGGCGACCAAAAGCUAAGACUGGAAUGGGUUGGAGAUGUUUCACCUUAAUGAUAAUAUUCUCUGGGACACUGACAGUAUUGCCCCCAAGAGGACUAGAUCACACAAAAAUGUAUGGAUUCAAUUGGCAAACUCACUUAACUUGUCUGAAUUCUGCUUAAAUGUUGAUGUAAAUUUCCAUUAUGUGCUGGAAAACUGUCUCAUUCCAGUAUGCACCUCUUUAGAAUUAAUACGACCCUAUACCCUAUUUAAGGACAUCCCAGAAAAAAAUCUCACUUACAUGGAUAGUUAUAAUUGGGGGCAUGACACCUGCUGUAAACCUAAAAAUGCUGUCAAAUUAUAUACACCCAAGGUAAUUAUGUCAAACAAAACUAAAUGUGCUAUGUAUAAAAAUUGUACAACCAAAUGUCUGAGGAUAAAAUUGUCAGAAGAGAUGUUCUGCCAUAUAAAACAAAAAAUUGUGUGUAACAAUUGCCAUAUCUCCCUGCCCACAGGUUGGUUUUAUGCCUGUGAAGGAAUAACCUUUAAUUGUAUUCCAGCAAAUUUAACCAAGACCCGUUGCUGUUUGAGUCAUCUAGCUGUAGUGUUGCCAGACAGAACUGAUUUGAUUGCACAUAACAGAACUAAACAUUGGUCACCUUACACUGCACCAGGAUGUGAUAAUGACGUAGGUCUGUUAACAGAUGCUGAAGUAAUAACCAUGAUAGCAUCUUUUGUUGCCCUGCCUUCUAUAGGAGUCCAUGCUGAAAAGGCAGUAUGAAAAUUAGCUUGCAAGGUGGUCAAAGGGUUAAAUGCUACCUCAUCAGCCUUGGCAUUAAUUAACCAAGAGUUACAGGAACAGA